UUUAGGAAUGCACCGGAUUAUAUCGGUUGUUGUAGCAACCGCUUUAAAGCGCAAUAGCGUCGGUUCGCAUCUGUGGUGUGUUGAUGUAUUUAGCUAAAUAUAAGUUGAAGUAGCGAUAUGUUUGUUAAAAUCUAUUAGUCUACGUUCAGUGGCGAGCUGUAGUGAUGGUUUGCCUUUGAUAAAGUUACCUUAAGUAUCACACCUCAGCUAAAUGCUAAUGAGCAAACUAAACUAAUCCUAACACUGGUUUAGCUAGGCACGUUUACAUACCGGUAAAUAACGUUGCAUUGGUUUGCCCAUCGUAUUUUAGUGUAAGUUACUGGUUGUUUUAUAGUUGCACCAUGUCGGCUGUCAGCAGUCUCGUCCCUGCACGGUUCCUGACUCUCACAGCUCACCUUGUCAUCGUUAUCACAAUCUUUUGGUCGAGGGAAAACAACGUGAAGGCUUGCUUGCCUUUGGAUUUCACGCAAGAGCAGUAUGACGAUGAAGACAUGAAGUUGGUGGUGGGAUUGGCCGUCACCCUCGGUCUCUUUGCUGUAGAGUUGGCUGGGUUCUUCUCAGGAGUGUCCAUGUUCAACUGCAGCCAAGGUCUCCUGUCACUCGCUGUCCACUGCAGCGCUUCCGUAUCCCUGUCUUUCUUUGUAAUUGAGAAGUGGGAAUGCUGGACCUAUUGGGUUAUUUUUGCCAUCUGCAGUGUGCUACCUGCCUUCGUGGAGAUUUUUCUGUUUAUAGCUGUUUUUGGACUGAAGAAGAAGCCAUUAUGAAAGAAACUCCUGAAGCUACAAAUGAGUGUGGAUGUGGACAACUGCCUCGCUGUAUCAACAGACACUGUAGCUACAGAGGGUCUGUGAUUCAAUAAUAAUGUGCAGAGGAAUGAACUGAAAAACUGUGUUUUACUGAGUUACGUGAAUACAGUGCACCGACAUACAUCAAAGGGAUAUACAGGCCACUCUCUGUCUGUCGUUUUAUAUUUUUAUACAUUUAGGUUUUCAUUAACCGUAGACAUUGAUGUGGUUUUAUGUUUGCAUUCUAUCUGUCAAAUUUCUAUGGAAGGUCUUGAAUGCUAUUAUAAUGCCAAAUACAUUUUGUAUAAAUUCUUUCUCAAACUGUU